UCCUGCUAAAAUUAUCGGGUGCAAGCAGGUCUCCGAUUUAACCGCGAACCAUCUGAAGAUUCUGAAGUCUGAACCGAACAGCUACACAAAGUUCGCGUCGGUUGGAGUAACGGGUUGGUUAAGCCGCGUAACAAUGAACAAACACUGAAACACCGAUUACUAUUACUUACAAGCGUUUUUGUCUUUCUUUCUUUCUUUCUCCAUUUCCUCAUCGAUCAGAUCUGAAUCAAUCUCACAUUCUUCAAUUUAAUUUCUCUCGUAAUUCACUUAUCGUGAUUUCCGAAUCUGGCCGCCAAACCCUAUUACCUUUGUAUAGAUCAUCUCAACUUUGCUGCUCAGGAGAAAUAACAAACGAAAUUAGCGGAGGAAUAUCUCCGCCAUUGACGACAAUUGACAACCGAUGUAGGUUAUCACUUUGGGUAAAGAAGAUAAAGGUGAGGGAAGAGAUGGUAAGCAGAGGCUCGUACAGCUCUAGCAGCCUCUUGACUGGUAGAUUUCAUGCUAGAAAGCUAUCUCCUAGCAUUAUCACUUUCUACACCAUGUUCAUAUUUGCUUUCUCCAUCUUCAUGUUCUUUUUCUACGUGAGACACAUCAGUGUUGAUGAAGAUCCACCACUCCCUCUGCUUUCUCAACAAUCUAAAUCUCAUCAGGUGCCAGAGUUACCUGUACACUAUAAACAACUUUGGGAUACCCCGUUCAAUCAUGGCUUACACCAAUGUGUCAAGCCGACUACUAAAUAUAAAGCUGCCCAAGGAUUUGAUCGCUAUCUAACCGUGAGAAGUAAUGGUGGACUAAAUCAAAUGCGAACUGGUAUAUCAGACAUGGUGGCUGUGGCACAUAUAAUGAAUGCAACUUUAGUCAUACCUCAAUUGGAUAAGCGUUCAUUCUGGAACGACUCUAGUGUGUUUUCAGAUGUAUUUGAUGAGCUUCAUUUCAUCGAAUCCCUGAAAGGAGAUAUCAGGAUUGUUAGUGAGCUUCCCAAAAACUUGGAAGGUGUCCCCCGGGCCAGGAAACACUUUACUUCCUGGUCUGGAGUUGGUUACUAUGAAGAGAUGACAAGAUUAUGGAGUGACUAUCAGGUGAUACAUGUUGCAAAAUCAGAUUCUCGACUUGCAAACAAUGAUCUUCCUCUGGACAUACAGAGGUUGAGAUGUCGUGCAAUGUAUCAUGCACUUCGAUUUUCUCCUCCUAUAGAGAAUUUGGGAAAGAGGUUGGUGGAUCGGCUGAGAUCACAUGGAGGAAGAUAUAUAGCUCUCCAUCUGAGAUAUGAGAAAGAUAUGCUGUCUUUUACUGGUUGUGCAUAUGGUCUGACAGAUGCAGAAUCUGAAGAGCUUAGAAUUUUGAGGGAGAAUACAAAUUAUUGGAAAGUAAAAAAGAUAAAUUCAACAGAACAGAGAAUUGGAGGAUUUUGUCCAUUGACUCCAAAGGAGGUGGGCAUUUUUCUUCAUGCUCUUGGUUAUCCCCCAUCUACACCAAUAUACAUUGCAGCAGGAGUGAUCUAUGGUGGUAAUACUCAUCUUUCAGAGCUCUCAUCCCGCUUCCCUAGUAUAAUCUUUAAGGAAUCCCUUGCAACUCCUGAAGAGCUGAAAGAUUUUGCCAAUCAUGCCUCCCAAACUGCUGCACUUGAUUACAUAAUCUGUGUAGAGAGUGAUGUAUUUGUUCCGUCAUAUUCAGGAAAUAUGGCGAGAGCAGUUGAGGGACACCGCAGAUUCUUAGGUCACCGCAAGACAAUCAACCCAGACAGGAAAGGACUUGUUGGAAUUUUUGAUAUGCUGGAAACUGGAGAGCUAGUAGAAGGAAGGGAACUGUCAAAUAUGGUGCAGCGCAUGCACAAGAACAGGCAAGGAGCUCCAAGGAAAAGGCACGGUUCUCUACCGGGGAUUAAAGGCCGAGCACGAUUUAGGACUGAAGAGCCCUUUUAUGAAAAUCCAUAUCCUGAGUGUAUAUGUGGUUCUAAAAGCAAACUAGAAAUAACAUAACGACAAACCAAACUGCUGUUCUAAUCUAGAAUUUUUGGAAGGACCGGUUAAUCUGUAAAUUUGGUUUUGAUCAACUGCGUAAUUAUAAUUAGCCAUUUCUGGUGUACUUGGUUUGUCUGUGACCAAUAGCUAUACCCUUGAUCACCAACUCAUAAUGUUGGCUGCUUAUUUUACAAUAUUUGUUUUGUAUUUCUUAUUCUUCAUAGAACUCAAAAAACGAAUUACUUUAUUGUUAGAUUGUGCAUAUUUGUACGACAUUAUAUUUUUAUUCAUUGAUAGAAUAUAUAUUAUUUUUCCUAGUA